UAGGCCAGUGAGAAGUGACGGGUUGGCGAGUCGCGGUCAUCGUCCGCAGUCGUGCUCGCGUGCUCGUGCGGGCAGCGCGUAGCUCCGUAGACCUCUACGAAAUUACGUAUUUGUUAAUGUAUAGUUACAUAUAGAGAUACUGUAAGGCGGAUGUAUUUUACAUUUAUCUAUUUAAAACGUUUAAAAAAAUAAUAUGUCGAAUGAUAUGAAGUCAGCAUCAAUGGAUUUGAACGGGUCUCGGUCGUGGUAUCGGAGGGACAAUGAUGUUAAAAUCGAGUUUGGAUUCGGGGUACCGCUGGGUGCGAUGUCCGCUCACCCAGUGUUCCACUCCGCUUGGGAUAUCGGAUGUCCAUCUUCUGGCUUCCAUCAAAUGGCCAGGAUGAUGGAUCGCAUGAUGUCAGAGAGUCUUCAGCCGUUUGGUUUCGCGAAAAUGACUGCACGGCGUGAGGGAGACAAGAAAAGUGAGGGUCCACCGAGAGACGGUCUCAGAACCGAUAAAAGUGACAACAGGAGAGAGAGAGCGAAAAAUCCAAAUACCCACGUCGGUAACGGCACAAGACAUCCUCCUACACAAGUCGUUCGACCGACGCCAAUAAAUUCGUUCCAAGAACAAUCGUCUGAACAAUCUAAGCAGACAGAUCCAACAACGGAAAAAUGGGCAGGCACUUUAAGAAAACGAGAUCCCGACAUUCAACCGACCUUACCAUCCAUUGUGUCUCGUAAAGCUUCUUCUACAAACUCUUCCGUGAGCAGUGGAAGAAAGACGCGCUCAGUCGAUAGGAUUCCUAGAACUCGACGACAGCUAGCUCCUAUAAAACCAAUAGUGCGAAAAAGUGAUAUACCUUCAGAGGGAGAUGUAACCAUGCUAGAAAAAGACGAAAAAGUCUUCAACACGGCCGGUUAUGAAGUACAUUUAGUGGAAACUUUGGAGAGAGAUAUAUUGCAGAAAAAUCCUGACGUUCGUUGGAAAGACGUGAUUGGUUUGGACGACGCAAAGUCUGUAUUGCAAGAAGCCAUGGUACUGCCGCUUGUAAUGCCUGAUUAUUUCAAGGGUAUUCGUCGGCCAUGGAAAGGGGUGCUAUUGACAGGUCCACCCGGUACAGGUAAAACGUUACUCGCGAGGGCAGUAGCGACCGAGUGUCGGACAACAUUCUUCAAUGUUUCGUCAGCGACUCUAACUUCCAAGUACCGCGGGGACUCGGAGAAACUCGUCAGACUUCUAUUUGAUAUGGCGGCCUUCUACGCACCGAGUACAAUAUUCCUGGACGAGGUCGAUUCAUUAUGCGCGGUCCGAGGUGCUGAUUCGGAACACGAAGCCUCGAGGCGUUUCAAAGCGGAAUUACUCAUUCAGAUGGAUGGUCUGGCCGCAGCAUUCAAUCAAGAUAAGGUCAUUAUGGUGCUGGCCGCUACGAACCACCCGUGGGAUAUCGACGAGGCGUUCAGGAGACGAUUUGAAAAACGGAUUUACGUCGGAUUGCCUGACGAGGCAACGAGGGUGAAAUUAUUAAGGCUGUGUUUACGAGAAGUGGUGUUAGGGGACGACGUCGAUUUUAUAGAAUUAGCGACGAAGUUAGAGGGUUACAGUGGCUCGGAUAUAAACAAUCUUUGCAGGGAUGCAGCAAUGAUGACAAUGCGUCGUAAAAUUGCCGGCAAAAGCCCUGACCAAAUUCGUCGCUUGAAGCGUUCCGAAUUGGACGCUCCGGUGUCUAAAGAAGAUAUUAGUGCCGCAAUAGAGAAGACACGCCGCACAGUCACGCAAGCUGAUGUAGCACGUUACACCACCUGGAUACAGAAGCACGGCUGCUCCUAGCGCAGGGCUAAAGCGCUAAAAGCGCUGCUUCGGUGCCUAAGGAAUUAGUAGCUGCGAAGUGAUAUAAAAUUUUCAAAAGUGAAGUGACUAUUUAACAAUUUAAAAUAAAUAAAUAAUAUUAUUACGUUUAUAAGUCUUUAUUAAUGUUUUAUUUUUCAUUAAAUAAAUUUGUUGUUGUUUUAUGGAAUAUUUCGAGGUUAUUGAAACAGUUUUGCUAGUUUUAAGAAUCGCAAUAGUGUUGGAGUGACGCUUUUGAAUAUGACGAUGUUAUUAUAAAGUGUUGCUAUUAAACAUAAUUGGCAACUUUUGCAAUUAUUUAAAUGUCAUUAAACUUAUUUAUAAAAUGACACAACAUAUCAUUUUUUUAUGGACAAUGAAAUUAUAGAAAAUUGUCACAUACGAAGUAAACAAAAGACGCCUAUCCUCUUUUGGUUGAGACGCAGCGUAUAAUUAGAAAUAUUUUUUAAUAUGUUUUCAAAGGUUGUAAAUUAUCGUAAAUAGCAACUUUGGGCUUCUUUCUUUAAUAUAAUGUGAAAUAUGAAUUGUUAUAACAAAAUUAUAAUACUAAAUAUUCAUACUAAAAUUCAUUGUAUUUAGAUAUUCUUUUAAAGCGUAUCCUAGCAACAAUGUGCUAUCCCUUUUACACAAAUGGGUGUCCUUGAAAUUAUUGAGACAUUAAUUAAAAAAACAUUUAUAAGGCUUUAUAAAGAGUAUCUAUAUAGUUUGUUCUAAGAUAUUGAUGUUUAAUUGUGUUCUAAAUUGAAAAUAAUAAACGUUUUCGAUUAAAAUAGCUUUAUUAAGGAAUGGUGUUGUGGUUUUUUACAAUUUCUGCCUGUAAUGUAAAUUAAUGGAUAGUGUUACGUGCUGUAAAAUUGUGAUUAAUAAAACUUUUGCUGAUA